CGCGCUAGGUCGCUUGACGCGGUGCUUUUGCAGCGCGAGGACCUUUUAUACACUACGAAUACUCUCUGGCCUAGUGAUAUAAUGCUAUGAAACUCACGAAUCAAUGCGCACCUCAUGUCGGUUAUGGACCAAUCGACGUCAUCCAAGACCGCGCCCUUCACGGCAGGUGCCCUCUUCAUCUUCUAGGUGAAGGGCCACAUAUCGCUUCCACCACUUUCUACACCUUUCUAUAUCUGCCUGGUCAUUGUUUACUCAUGGGGGCUCCUUUUCACCGUUGUCGACGCCGGAAGUAUUCGCUCGUCGCUGCGGCAAUACAAGAUUAGACUACAACACCAACACCAACGUCUCCUCAACCCGAGUCAGUAUUCCGUCAAACUAUUACAGGCUGGGCUGGGGAGAUCAAUUGGU